CUGCGCGAUUGGGGAAUUUUUUUUUACAACAACCCUCGCUGAAUGAAAGCUUCCCCAUUUGGUCAAUAAAAUGCCUCAUUUACGGCUGGUGGCGGUCGCGGUUCAACACAUGCAAACGGUUCAUAGUAAAAAUCCCAGAACACAGAUCAACUAGCGGUCGCGAUCGCUGGGGAAUGCUGGAUGGUGCUUUCGCGUGGAACAGUCGCGAAUAACUUAUCGAUGCAUGAAGUUCGCUUCAACCAAAGUGUGUUACACAAAGCGCAACUACUUGGGCACUGUUAUCAAACAAAGUGGUUAGCGUUAUUAAGUAUCUUUUUUUUUUGUGCGUGUGUGUGUUUGUCAGCGGCUUUUGAUGGAUAACGAAAAGUCUAAAAAUAGUCCGAAAUAUUAGACUAACCUGCUGUUUUUUGCGUCAUACAAUAGGAGUGAAUAAAAGAUUAUUCCGGUUCGGAACGACACCACCGUUCAGCUCUCUUGCGGGAUGGUUGAGGGAAGCGACAAUGGUUGCCGAAAGCAGCCGCAUAGUGCCGACGACUAUCAACAGCACAAGUUGUCCAAAUUGUCGCAAACCGUUAAAGCGCUACGAACGCAGCUACAAACCCAGCGUAACCACAAACCCAACGGAUGCUGUUCUCAUCACCGGAAAGGACGGAAGAAAAAGAACCGAACCCGUUCCAAGGUGUUGCUGACGGGUGAAAAGUUUGAAGAUCCAGAUCCAUAUCAAUUGGCGGUGCGCAAAACCAACUAUGGCAAACGGAAGGAGAAGCUAAAGUUUGUCGGUGAACAGUUUCAAGAUCCGGACCCGUACGGUUUGGCCAUCCGCAAAACGAGCAGCACGAGCAGCUGCACCAGUGAUCGUGAGGUUUCGUACGAGUAUCGUACCCAGCUAGCGGAAACCCAUCCGGCAACCGUAUUCGCACCCUUUGAUUACAUAAACCGUGAAAAGUGUAUCGCCGAAAUGCCCGAAGAAGAAACUAAAGCUGAUCAUGUGGAUGUGGUGAAGCAAUCGGAACCGCCACCGGAUCGCAAAGCUCUCCUUGCGCAGGCCUGUGCUGUUGGUGUAAAAAACGUGCUACUACUAGGGUACGGAAUGACACUGGGAUUUCCGACCAUUGUAAUUCCCGCUAUUCUGGGUGGCGAUGGACGUGAACCUGCCCUCGAGAAAGACGUGACGCUUAGUCGAGAACAAAUUUCUUGGCUAAGCUCGAUCAACCUGAUCUGCGUUCCGCUGGGGAGUAUCUUUUCCGGCAUGCUUGCCCAACCGAUCGGUAGGCGGCGGGCAAUGCAGGUAUGUAUGAGCACCCCAAAAAUUCGUACUAUUCUGGUCCUUAAUGCUGAUCUACCGUUCCUCACGCAGCUCAUCAACAUUCCCAUUUUCAUCGCCUGGAUGUUGUUCCAUUUUGCAAGUGAUGUAACAUUUCUUUACUUGGGACUUGCGCUGGCCGGUAUUAGUGGUGGACUUGGUGAAGCUCCAGUGCUAACGUAUGUUGCCGAAAUUACUCAACCUUGCUAUCGGGGCAUGUUAGCUGCUACGGGUUCCACCUGUGUCAUCUUGGGCGUUUUAAUCGAAUUUCUUAUGGGCAGUUUUAUGAAAUGGCGUACAGUUGCGCUGAUUAGUUCCGUCGUACCCAUCCUGGCCGCUACGUUACUCUUCUUCAUACCGGAAAGUCCCGUUUGGUUGGCGAGUAAGGGACGGCUUGAACAAUCCAAAGCCGCCCUUGCUUGGCUACGUGGCUGGACAACCGAAGAACAGGUAGAAGCAGAAUUUAAAGAAAUCGAGCAUCAAAUGACAAAAGAUGCGGAACUGCAGAAAGAUUUCACUAUCGUCGACAAAGCGCGGCUCUACACACAGCGAGCGUUUCUGCAACCAUUCGGUAUCAUUCUGCUGUGCUUCUUUAUCGGUCACUUUUCCGGCAUGACGACACUGCAAACGUACGCCGUACAGAUCUUUCACACGUUGAAAGCCCCUAUCAACAAAUAUUAUGCGACUUGUCUGCUUGGGCUGACCGAGCUGAUCGGGACUCUGUUUUGUGUGUUUCUAGUGCACCGCACGGGCAAGCGACCGUUGGUGUUUAUCUCCACUAUUGGAUGUGCGGUCUGUUUUUUCGGUGCCGCCAGCUAUGCCUACUUCCUGAGCGAUAUCCCCGGCGCAUCCGUACAAAACGUGGUAGCAAAUGUGUCAUCCAUCAAGGCCGAUAUCACGGUCAUUCCGUUACAGACGAAGGAAGUGAUUGCCGAGUGGCAUCGCAACAGUUCCGAAUUGCGAUCGCUGAAUCUUACGCACAUUGAAAUGCAAUUUGCCAAUGGUAGCACACUGGACACGUUAGGCACGCACAACAGCUCGUUGGAAGGCAUAGUGUACGCUGCACAGAGCUUCACCAAUUACUACCUCAACGAUAGUCUAAACGAACCGAUCAAUAUCACGAUCACCUACGGAGAGUACGUUAAAUCGGCAAUUCCACGAGAAGUGUUUGUUCCGUUACCGCACGUGAACAAGAACAAGUUCGUCUGGGUUCCGCUGACACUGCUUCUUGGCAGCGCAUUUCUGACGCAUGUCGGCAUUCGCUUGAUACCGUGGAUACUUAUAGGGGAACUGUUCGCGCCAAAUGUGCGCGCCGGUGGUUCAGGUUUAGCAGGAGGAAUUGCUUACAUCUUUGGUUUUAUUGCCAACAAAACAUUCCUCAAAAUGUUAGCAGUAUUCACCCUGCCAGGAACGUUUUGGAUUUACUCGCUCGUGACGAUCCUCGGCGCCAUCAUCCUUUACAAAGUGCUGCCCGAAACGGAAGGCAAAUCGCUACAGGAAAUCGAAACGUAUUUUCUCCCACGUAGUAAACGGUCGGCGCGUGUUGAUCAAGAGGCACCUGCUCCACCGCAACCGGGACCGAAGCACUCCACCGCCAGUAUACAACCUGCCCCGCCACCGAUCCCACCGAAACCUUACCCAUUAAAGGAUGAUAUCGAUCGUGCACGACGAAUAUCUUUGGUCCCACGUCAAAUGUCCCAAUCAUCGCGUAAUACGACCGUUUCAGACUUUUCCAGAGCAUCGUUUAAUUCCCAACACUCGCACAAUCAUUCCGGACUGAGUCGUAAUUCUUCGUGGACCUCUUACACGCUGGAAGACCGACAGGAUCAGUCACAUCCGCAAGUGUUCAGAAAAAUAUCCGAAACACUACCGCAAGCAAUAGUCACAUCCGUACAAAACGCGGCACAUCCGGUUAAAGAACCAAAACCACCGCUGUCCAGGCAUCAUUCAUCGAAUGUGCUCCUUGGUAAAGAGCCUAUUCCAAAUCGUAAGAUAUCCUCUGGGAAACAUCCCAUACUCGCGUCUAACGAUAUAAAGAUCCCGAUACACAAAACGCAACCAAUGACUCGUCCAGUUCGUGCACGUGCGAAAAGGCCACCACCAUCACACCAAUUUGAUUUUCAGACCUGUGAGAGUAACAAAAAGUUUGAAGAAUUUCUGCAUCGCUAUCAGGAUAAAAGUGACGGUGACCAGGUGCCGGUGAAUACGACAAUGCGUCAUGUAACCAGUGCACACGAUCUUAAAGCAUUCGAGAAAGAUCAUCUUCCCGGCGCGGUGCCCGUUCCUCCCAAUGGUGGAAUGUUAACGGAUCGUAAGAUCUUCAACAGUGCCACCAAGCUGACCUCUUCGUACGCUAGAGAUACGGAGAAUCAAACCGAACGGGAAUGUGGCUUUGACAAUCCCGAGUUUCAUUUAAGUUCAAGCGACGAAUCUACGGACAUGUAGGGAGCAAUAAAAAAUAAUCACUGUAUAUUA